CAAGCUAAUCGGAAAUGGUGAGAGCGACUUUAAAAAUAGCAGAAACAUCAAUGCGCCAUCUGAAAGUACUCAUGUCGGGGAAAGUAGAGCAAUCGAGAUAUGUGUAAACAACUGAGAACUGAGAACCGCCAUAAUCAAUCUUGGCGCGAAUUCGACUUUGUUAUUGUUGCAAAUAACAACGGUUCUCCCGAACAAAAAUGCAAUCGAACAGUUUUUCCAACAACGAUGAUAGGAAUGAUGAGCCAGCGAAGAGAGACACGUCGGCUGCGGAAAAAGAAAAGUUACUUCGAGAGAUACAAGAUUUGAAAUGCCUUAUUAAGCAGUGCGAAUGGAGUCUGCAGACCUUACACUUUAAAGACGUGGAAAAACACGUAGCCGAGAAGUUUCCACGGAACUUGGAGGUUCCCUCACGCUUCAGCAGAACGCAGAAUGUCCAGGUCGAUCUGCAGUAUGAUUUGUACAGAUUCGCCGGGUUUCAGUGCGUUAAAUUUCGAAGAGACGGGUGUGUAUUUAACUUUACGUCAACAAACGAAGAUCAGAAGGACAACACUAAUGCAAUACAGAUCUUCAUCAAAGAUGAAAAGGCCAGUCUAGGAAAUUGGGUGAUGCCAAUGUCAAUCGAUAUGAAUUAUCUGUUGUCUAAAACGCCUAUCGACAAUUUGAAAAAUUUAACUCCCUUUAUAAAAAACUGUAAGCACAAUGUCGACUGCUACUUUGUGCGGCAAGAGCAGUUCCUGUCAUUAAAGGCACAUAUUUCAAAUAUGAAACAUUGUACAUUGCAUUCUGAUAUAGGAUUUAAGCGAUUUAGUUUAGAGUUGUAUGGCAUACAUGACAUUGGAAAUGAUAGAUAUAUUAAUUUAAUAAUAAGUUUACUGUAUCACUCUGACAAAGCAAGACCUCAUAAAAUUGAGUUUGAUACAACAGACAAUAUCAAGUUACACGAUGACAUGAAACAAAAUUUAAAAUUGUGCUUGAAGGAAUUUAAAAAGUCAGAUCUACAAACUGCAUUUGAUAAGAUGAUGAAGAAUAAUUCUAGAUUUACAUGGACGCAGUCUGAUGAUGAAAGUCCAUUGGAAUUGAAUAAUACAAGUAACUCUGAUGAAGAAGACUUCUUAACUCAACUACAAUCAAACCAGAGGAAAUCAUUGAGAAUUCGCCAGAAAAAGCGUAAAUUGCAGAAGAAGUGGAAUUUAAGAAAAAGGCAAAGAAAUACAGUUAAUGAAUCAUCAGAAAAUGAACAAGAAGAUGGUCAUUCAAAAGCAAAAGUAUCACACACUGGAAGUCCACAGCAAAUUCCGAUAAGAAAGAAGAAAGCAAGAAAAGUCACUUCAAAACAAGAGAAAAUUAAUGAACAUUUGCCGAAAGAAACAACACCAUUGCAUGAACCUAAAGUAAAAUUAAAACAAACAAAAUUAAAUUUUCAAAAUCGUGAAAGUACGAAUUCAAAUGAAAUGUCUUUGUUUGAAUCAAAAUUCCAUAAUAGGUUUAACAAGUGGUCGAAAAGUGCAGUCAAUUUAAUCACCAGUACUCCAGUAUGUCCCAAAGUCAAUACUGAAAGAUUAUCCAUUACUUUAUCACCUACUUUAGAAAAAAAUAAUAUCACGUCUAUUGAAAGCAUAAAGCACACAACAAAUAAAUUAGAUAAGCAUAAAAGUAGUAAUCAGCUUGGAAAUAAAACUCCAGAAAAGAAGACUUUGAAAAAGACUGAUUGAAUAUUACGAAGUAACACAAAAACCACUCAAUUGGUAUAACAAGUUCAGAAUCGACACCGUAUAAAAAGUCUGACAGAACUUUAAUGAAUGAAAUGAAUGUACAAGGCUCGUUUGCACAAUGUAAUUUAACUUUGAAUUCAGUUUAAUAACUGACUUUCUUUUUCUUUUCCAAAUAUGUAUUAGUGCAAACAAUCAGAUUAGGAAUGUUAUACAUAUAUAUAUUAAUGUGUAAGAAACUCUGGUGAAAAUUUUUCUUAUAAUUUUUAUAGAAAUUAAAACAUUUUUCAGAAAUAUUUAAAAAGUCUAUAUCUUCGCUUAGAACUUUUUAUACAUAUAAAUUUUGAAAUAUUCUUAUUUCAUAAUUUCUAAAAAAAACUCAACUUUUUUAUGAUAGUUUAUCAGAACUUGUAAAAAAUCUUAGAAAUCAAGAUAUUUUAUAAUUAAUAUAUAUGAAAAAAUCUGAGAAAAAUUAUGGACUUUUUGAGCAUUUUUGAAAAGUAUUCUAAUUGAAAAUAUCUGAGAAAGUUAUAAAAUUAUACAGUAAGUCUGAAAAAUUAAGUAAAAAAUUUUGAGAAAAAUUUUCACUAAGGAAGAGAAGCUAUCCUCUGUAAAUAAAAUUUAAAUACUUUUUGUGCAUCUCAAAUAUACAUUUUUGCAUAUUUUGUUUUGAUUUUUUUUCCAUGUUAUUCUAAAAUUGUACCUUAUUGUAAAAUAAAUAGUCAAUGCAAUCUUGAA